UCCAUGGUCCUCCUUAGCGUAUGCAGCUCCUCCUCCUCCACACCCUUUUCUCUUGCUCUCUCCCUUCCCUUCCCUUCCCUCCCUCGGAGCUCCUCUCUUCCGUGCCCAAUUCCUUCUCCCGCUCUGCGAUGGACUCGCCUCUCCUAAUGGAACGCCAUUGUUUGCUGACGAGUCGAGGCCACUGCCACCUCUGAAAGCCCCCCCUUCGCUGCUGAUUGUGUUACAACCGAGACCAGGUAUUAUGCUGAAUUUAGUAUAUGGAUUUCUUUCUCUGUAACUUUGAUUUUUCUGUGCGAAUAUGCUUGGAAGGUUUAGAGUACCAAUGAAAGUACUCUGCAGCCGGCGCCAUUGCGUCUUGGUCGUUGCGGCGAUAGCCAGAGGGUUGAUGUGGAUUUCUUUCCGGUGGAUUGCCGCGGAGUGUGGCGGUGGUGGAGGAGCUGAGAGUAUGGUUGAUCGGACUUUGAAAUUUUCUUUCACUUGGUGAGGGUUGUGGCAUUGGCAAGGUGCAAGGUGCGAGGCGGUUGAAUUGCUAGAGCUUGAUAAAGAAGAGGGGGUUUUCUGAGUAGACGAGUUCAGCUGCCCUUUUCUAGAACUGCUUUUCGUAGGAAUUGUUUGCUGGAACUAUUUGCUGCCAGGGGAGGGAUUUUUUCUGACGCUUUUUGUGAUAAACGAAUCGAAUACUUGAAUGACAACUACAUUUCCAGUAUUCUUCAGCCAAUAUCUAGAAGACUUCUAUUUUCCUUUAUUCUCUUAGUUACAAACUUCCUAGAAUUAGCAGUGCAUCCAGGAGUAUGUAAAGACCAACAAAAAAAGAUGGCACAAAACUUGAACGGAGGAUUAUUCAACGUUUGGUAUAAUGUGAAGAAUGAAGACGACCAUAGACUUCAGGACGAGGAGGCUAGAGAGCAGGACCUUCGCAGAAGAAAUGAGGCAGGUGGUAUGGGAGCUAGUAACAUUACGAAAAUCUCUUAUGAGGGUCCCGGUACAUCUGGGACUCAGAAUGAUGAUGAUAUAUACGGUGACGUGCAUGGAAAGUUCCGUACACCACGUAUCUUUUGGCAAGGCUCCCUGGAUUCUCAAGGAUGUCCGAGGGUAGCAUGUGCUGAGGUCAAGAGGAUCUUUCGCUAUAUCAUCAUGAAUUUAGGAGCAUAUGGGAACGAUAAAAAAGGAUUGACAAAAGACAUCAAUGAGCACGAUCCUUCGUUUGAGCCGAAUGGAGUCGUUGAUUUUCAGAGGCCAUCAAUGCCUGGUGCAUGCCCUCCGUACUUCAUAUAUGUCGAUAAAGAACGUCAAGAAGUCAGCAUGUACAUUCGAGGUCUCAACCUCAUGCACCGAGAAGACUACAAGGUUCUCUUGAAUAAUCGCAGGGGUGAAAAGCCUUUUGAUGGGGGUUACGUGCAUUUUGGCAUGUCAGAGGCUGCUGAAUGGGCAGUCGAGAAAGUAGCACCAGACUUGAAGAAGCUACUUAUGGCUAACCCAGGAUACCGGUUGACAAUAGUAGGGCAUUCACUUGGAGCCGGGGUGGCCUCUUUGUUGACACUUUUCCUCAUCUGCGACACAAAGAAGCUUGGAGGCAUCAGUUCGGACUUGAUUAGCUGCAUAGCUAUUGCCCCUCCACGAGUGAUGUCACUAGAUCUUGCGCUCAAGUAUUCUCUUCCAAUCACUAGUGUAAUAUACCAGGACGACUUUCUACCAAGAGUUUCAACGCAGGCUGUGAAGAAAUUUAUCUGCAAACUCUCAAUCUUCAAGCCUGAUGCCGCCUUACUCGUAUACCUGUCCAAACAACUGUUACAGAUGAGUAAAACUACAGAUGAUACCCAACGCCUUUUUCCACCAGGGAAAAUAUAUCACUGUGUUUAUAAAAAACCGGGAAAAUCGGAAGAUCGUCCAAUUCGAGCACGUGUGGUACACCCGGAGAAGCAUAAGUUCGAACGUAUUGUAUUGUCACAAUCAUCGAUUCAGAACCAUUACAUCCUAGAAUUGACGAAGCACUUGAAGAAAUACAACUGGCCGGAGGAAGUGAAGGACAAGUGGUUAAAAUCAGUCCUCACAACAGCCUAAAAAAAACGUUUAGGGAGACCUAAUAGACACUCCCACCAACAAUUGAUUUGCAUGUGGGAUUUGAUUGUGCUUCAACCGUUUUCUAUUUUUGUUUUUAUCGUGCACAGAUAAUUCAGGAAGACCAGGCUAACAAGAAUGUUCCCUAUUAGAUAGAAGCAUGUAAAGUGUUAUUCUGAAAUGAUGAUUAAAUUUGAAUUUGAUCCCUAUGCACACAUGUAAGUGUGGAGCAUGAGGUAUGCUAUGUAUUUGAGGAGAUGGCUAUUUACACUUGAGUGCAAUUUUUGCUA